AUGUCCGAUCAAGACGACGACGAGGACUACUUCCUCCCUGUCGAAGAUCAACGCGUAUUCGGCGCCGGGAUCAGACGCAAAAGAAUCGCAUUCGUCCCAGCGACGUCCUCGGAGUCUGCACUUCCGACGACCACUGCACGAACCUCGAAUUCAGCCUCUGCCGAGUCCCGAUAUCUAUCUAUCGUCCUGCCCAAAUCCAAUAGCGAGAAAUCAAACCAAAAGCAAAACGAGAACAAUCACACAGCAGCUCCAGUAAUUGCGCGAGACGAGCAGACACAUCUCGAUCCGGCAACAGUUGGGGGUGGAAAUGAAGACGUAAUAUGUCCAGUCUGCAAGCAACCCAUCGUAUCUACGGACGGAAAGCCCGCCAUGGAGGCCCACGAGGCUUCUAUAGCACACCAAGUGUGUCUGGAACACUCUCAUCCUCCAUCCCAUUUGGACAGGGAACAUGUUGGUCUGAGGUAUUUGGAAACAUAUGGAUGGAACCCGGAUAGUCGCAAAGGACUUGGGGCCAGACAGGAAGGCAUCAGGAUACCGAUCAAACCAAAGGAGAAAAAGGACACUGCCGGACUUCGGGAAACCCUAGAAGAUGAAGACCACGACAUCAAGACCAUACAACGCAAGGCUAGAGCGAAAAAGGAAGAUAAGGUCGUCCGGCUUAACGCCAAACAAGUCAGGAUCAAGGAUAUGGAAGCCAAGAAAAAGGCCGAAAAACUGCGAAGAGUGUUUUAUGGGGGUCAGGAUUUGGAGCAGUAUCUGGGACCGAAUGGUUGA